AUGUCCUACGAACGCGAACGCUACAUCGCCGAGCUGGCCGUCCAGCGCGCAACUAUCCUCACGCAGAAGGUGUUCAACGAGAAGGCCAAAGGCACCGUGUCGAAGGAUGACAAGUCGCCUGUCACCAUUGGCGAUUUCGGAGCUCAGGCCUUGAUCAUUCAAGCCAUCCGCAAGAACUUCCCCAACGAUGAAAUUGUUGCCGAGGAGGAAGCCAGUACUCUCCGCGAGGACAAGGCUUUGAGCGCCGAGAUCUGGAGAUUGGUCAAGGAUAUCAAGCUGGAGGAUGCUGAGGCCAACGAGCUCCUCGGUGGCACUCUCCCAAGCGAGGAGGCCAUGCUCGACACCAUUGAUGAGGGAAAGAGCGCUGGUGGUCCCAAGGGUCGUAUUUGGGCUCUGGACCCUAUUGACGGCACCAAGGGCUUCCUUCGAGGUGGUCAGUACGCUGUCUGCCUUGGCCUGCUAGAGGACGGCGAUGUCAAGGUGGGAGCCAUCGGUUGCCCCAACCUCCCCGUCGACGACGCGGCUACUAUCUCUUCUUCCAUUGGCGCCGACCAGAACAGCGGUGCUGGCAACGGUGUGCUUUUCUCGGCCAUCAAGGGUGCCGGUUCGAUUGGCAGACCUUUGGCGACUGGCGCUCUUGCCGAGAGCAAGUCGAUCUCUAUGCGCCCAGUUCCUGAUAUCUCCCAGGCUGUUUUCUGCGAGGGAGUGGAGGCUGGACACUCCGCUCAGGGUGACAACGCUGCCGUCGCUCAACUACUAGGAAUCACCAACCCCAGCGUUCGCCUAGAUUCCCAGGCCAAAUACUGCUCCAUUGCGCGGGGUGCGGGUGACAUCUACCUCCGACUGCCUGUCAAGAAGGACUACCAGGAGAAGAUCUGGGACCACGCUGCUGGUGAUCUCAUUGUCCGUGAGGCCGGCGGUCAAGUUACCGAUAUUUACGGACAGACGCUAGAUUUCAGCAAGGGCAGGACCUUGGCUGCCAACAAGGGCGUUGUCGCCGCUCCCAAGGCCAUCCAGGACGAAGUGAUCAGUGCUGUCAAGAAGGUGUUGAAGCUCUGA